GAUAAUCUGGGGCCCACUGCUUUCACAGGGAAACAAAAGUCAUCGCUGCAUUUUUCAUAGGAUUCAGUUUUUUUUCUUUCAUCCAUUCCUUAUCAACAUAUCCUUCGACGAUUCUGUUUGGAUUUGAUAAUACACAUUUCCUGUUAGUGCAGCUCACCCCACCUAAUCACCCAUUUGUCUCAGUCAUGUGACUUAGCAACCGGAAGGUGUUAGAUUUGUGCGCAUCGGAUCGCAAUCUUGCUAGAGCAAAUAAAAGCUGAAUUACAGAGGCAACGAAAGAGUGCUACAAUGAUAAUGGAAGCACUCAAGCAUUACGGUCUUAGUCAGCGUACAGACCUUUCACAGGCUAUAUAUUUACCACUGCGGAACACUAAACGAAUCAAGUUCACCUGUUUUGAUGUGUCGGAGAAAUAUCUUAUUUUCGGAGCAAACUCCGGUAGUUUGUAUAUAUACGAUCGAGCCACUGUUAAUUUCCUCUGCAUUAUUCCAAGUCAACUGGGUACGAUAAGCCAAAUGUUGAUAUCAGGUAGUGGAAAGCAGAUUGCAGUGGCAAAUCUUCGGGGAACGAUUGGUGUCGUGCUUGAUUUGGAGAGCUCGGGUACGAAGGAGGUUCUCCUGACGGAAAUAGGUGAGGGAACCACCACGACGAGUAAGGGAGCGUUUGUGACCUGCUUCUGCUGGGGUGAAGACGAAAAGGAGUUAUAUUGUGGAGAUUCAAAGGGGACUGUUUCAUUGCUACAGCUGUCCAUGUUUAUGGGUCGCAACAUUCUGAACAUUACUCUGAAUCCGGUGUUGCUGCUUGAUAAUCAGAUAGUACAAAUCGAUAGGUACAAAGAACUGCUACUGGUAUCGACGAUGUCCAAGUGUGUUUUAUGCAACACGGUGCGCGAAGAAUUUAAACAGAUCGGAAAUCGCCCCCGGGACGGUCCCUAUGGAGGAACAUUCAUUGUGACCUCCAGCGCUGAUCUUCUUCCACAGAAUGAAGAGAAGACGGGGAAUGACGAUAAUGUCAAUGAAUCGACGAUACCUAAGUCAACGACCGAUAGUCCACGUACCGAGGUACGAAUUUUUUGCUCCAGGCCGGGGUCUCGCCUCUGGGAGGCAGACGUAGAAGGCAACGUGCUUCAGACACAUCAGUUUCGACAGAAAAUAAAUGGGACAAACGAGGAAGGUUGCCAGGACGAUAUAAUUGCAUUUAAACGCCUGCACGCGGUUCUAAAUCGGCUCAUCCUGGUACAUGAUGAUAGUGGAAUAUUUCUGAUAGAUCCAAUAGUCUCUAGGGUGGUAUUGAGCAUGAAGGAUUUUGAGCAAAUCGAACGCAUUGCAGUUGUAGGAGAAGAUCUUUACGUGUUUAAUGGUGAGCAGAAGCUGCUAAUGCUCAAAAUUGACAUUGAACAGAAAGAGCGACCAGAAAGCGUAUUCCGCAUUACUAAAGAAAAGAAAAAUUCGCCAUUCAGGGAAAAUGGCGUUUACAUCCUUGAUCAUUUGUUCAACAAUAACGGCUCGAAAGAAACACUGCAGACAGAAGUGACCAUUAAGGAAGCUCUGGUUUCAGUCGUACGUGGCAAGUAUGGAAGAAACAUAAAGCAGAUGUUCCUAGGAUACGACCAAAUAGGUCCCGAAAGGCCAAAAACAUUGAACGUUGUAAAGACUUACAAUAGUGAAGAGAACUACAAUAACAUUACCCGGGUGUUGCCAACCGAAGAUGCUAGUCCCGCGGAGGAAGUGGAAUCUGGAGAGGAAGUAGUCCCUAAGAGGAAUCCUCCGAAGAAGAUGUUUUCAAUGUCGCUUCUGAAUGAUUAUCAGCUCAGUGAGGAUGACAAGGAUGUGCGUAAUUUGUAUUUGGUGUACCGUUCAUCCAGUAUUAGUAAUCUUAAUUUUGCCGACCGCUACGCAAAAAUCUUCGAUUCUUACGACUCGAAAACGAUUGUAAGCUUACUGCGCAAGUUGGAAAACGUGAUGGACGAAAAUGACGAGGACAAUUCCAGGUUGAAGUGUAUUCGAAUAUAUUUCGACUAUCUGAAGGUGGAAUUAGUCUGGGAAAUAGACGCUGAAUCAAGGGCUUAUAUUAAAGAAAGCUUUAUCGAGUACAAUCAGAAGGUCCUUGAGAAGGAACUUCGCCUUCUCGAUAAGUGUGAAUCAUGCGGCCACUGCUUAAGACCUAACGCUAGUUGUCAUUAUCUCGAGAUCGGAACAACUCUAGUUCAAUACUAUUGGUCACGGAAAGAGUAUGCCGAAUGUUUCGAGCUUGUUCGACAAAUUCCCUACCUCUGGCAUACGAUAGCCAAAUUUUACAUCCAGGAUCGACGGGAGGACAAAAUGAUUCAAUGCCUGUGGAACGUGGGAGAUUGCAGCUUGCUAGAGUGGGCUGCCAGUGAGCUGUUUCUGCUUGAUCAUUGGCGCCAGCUACUCGACUUGAUGUUAACAUGUUACAAUAGCAAUAGCCUAAUGUGUCUAAACUGUGAUAAACUUUGCACGCUUGCCGAUGCCGAACGGAAUCCGCUGUGGGGAUCUGAUAACACGCCGUGUUCGUUGGCAAAUAGGAACGACAAUAACAAUCCGAGUAAUAAAAAGGAUACUAACCGCCGCACGCAUUGUAGCAGCACCAAAAACAGUAAUACUAAUGCUAAGGUUAACGAUAGUAAUUGUAAAUUCUAUAGCUGGAACUAUGUUGUUAGCGUGGCCAUCAAUAGUGGCAAUAUUGGUGGGAAAGCAUUGCUUAAUCUUCUAAGAGGCUACGAUGAAUACAUUCCAAAGGGUGCAAUAAGUACAAGCUUUUAUCUUAAAUGCCUACUAAACGUCACGGAAUGAGACAAACACAAACCAUUUACCUAUUAUUAUGUAUAUAGUGACAGAUACAUUCCCUUCCGGAUGAACUAUCAGCAUAUCUUUUGAGCCUAAUCUGCAUGAAGUUAGAAAUUUGAUACAAUCAAAGUGUUGCGUGCGUUCGUAUAGUUUGUACAUACAAUCCAUCUUGACCACAAAUAUUUACAGUUCUGACAUGUACAACAAAGUGUUCGUAGAAAAGAGUAAAGACAACGUAUUUGAAAGAACCAUUAAUCACAACCUCGGCACAGAGGAAAGAUAUAAUCCAUUUCGAAAUUUGGUAACGCAGGCGUUGCCUCCGCGUAUUACAACAAAAUAUUUUUACAUAAUACAUUACAUGAUGAAAAUGUAGAAAGCUUUCAAUGUUCAUAAGAAAGGCUAGAAUCAUACUUAACCGCAGUGACAAAAAAUCUCCGACGUUCUUACAGAAUACCGCAUUGUUCACACCUAUUAUAUACAAAAUAUGAAUUAUUUUUUGGAAAUAAAAAAGGAGUUUGCUUUACAACUAUUAA